GGACUUGUCUUGAAAAUUUCACCUCCAGGAUAUCCCCUUUAUCGUCUUCCAAAAAGUUUGGUCCGACGUAAAGAGGCUGGCCGGCGUACCACCACAGCCGUUUCGAUUUUUGAAGUGCGAUUCAGGUGUCGUAACAGGUUCUGAGGAUAUCGCAGAAGAGUUCGGGCAUCUUUGGUCAAACUAUUCGGCUGACAGUAACUUUUCAGACGAAUACGUACACCAAAAAGACGCCUAUUUAUCGCAGUCCUAUCUUCUAACAGCUCUGUCAUCACCUGCCAAAUGCUUAGAAAAAAACUUCACAUUAGCCGAAAUCGAAUAUGCAUUAGCCGGGUUAAAGGGUAAAACCCCUGGGGCAGACCGGAUAUCCUACCCAAUGCUUAAGGAAAUGCCAAUCUCCCUUAAAACCAGGCUUUUAGGAGUAUACAAUCAAAUUUUUAGCUCCGGAAAAUACCCACACAGUUGGAGAUCAGCCACUGUCAUCCCAUCCCAAACCAAAUAGACCUCCGGCAGAAAUCAACAGCUACCGCCUCAUUUCCCUCCUAUCCUGUUUAGGAAAAGCUGUAGAAAAAUGAUUGCCCGCCGACUUAUGUGGUUCAUCACCCGAAAUAACCUGAUCUCGCAGAACCAAGUUGCAUUUAAACACUUCUCGUCAAACGCUCUUUCCACGAAAAAUCACGUCUCUACAUUAGCGACUGAUUUUGAAAGAGCCUUCGAUCGCGUGGGAAUUCAUGCCGUACUUGGUCAGCUUCAGCGCUGGGGUGUUGGUCCAAGACUUUAUAACCUUAUAAAGGCCUUCAUGACCAAUCAUUCCUUCAGAGUUCGCGUAAACAACAACACCUCCAACACAGUCUCUAUAACGGCAUACCGCAAGGCUUAAAUAAGGCUUUCAGUAGUUCUUUUUAUUAUCGCUUUUGAUAAACUUAAUUGUAUUUUAAGUAGACAUAAGGACAUUCAACUCUCAAUAUACGCAGAUGACGCUAUUAUUUUUUCCAAAUUAAAAAAUGUAAAUAUUGUUAAAGAUAAAUUUGUAGAUUUAUUAAGUGAAAUAGAUUCCUGGGGAGCCAUUUCGGUUGCGUCCCUAGCCAUUGAAAAAUAUAAAUUACUCCAUAUUUGCCGCAAACACAGAUGCACUCUCUCCCAUAUUAACUUUAAAAAUAAAAGAAUAGAAAAUGUUAAAAGUUUAACAAUUUUGGCUUAACCUUCGAUACCAAACUCCUAUUUGAUCAGCAUUGUAUUAAACUAAGAAAACAACUGGAGUCCAGAUUUAACAAUAUAAAAUUUUUGUCAUCCAAAUAUACUAACAUCCAUAUUAAUACACUAAUAUGAAUUACUCGUGCCCUGAUGCUUUCCAAAAUAGAUUACGAUCUACCAGUUUACGGAUGGUGUGCAAAAUCACACUUAAACAAGUUGCAGGCUCCAUACCAUGGUGCAAUCCGAUGUGCUAUAAACGAUUUUCCUACCUCACCUACCGCAUGCAUUUUGGCUGACCGUGCAGCUCGUUUGCAAAAUGCAUUUAACAAAAAAUGCUCUACUAAGGAAGGAUUUCUCAGCCAUGUUCAAGCAAAAACGGAAUUACAAAGUCAUAUCAACGCUUAGGCGGUGUGCCAGCUUCACAACGCAGCUUGGCCUUCCCCCGCCCAAUCAUAGGAAUACUGCUAAGCUACCAGCCUAUUGAAACAGCACAAAAGCUAAUGUGAUCCCUAAUAUGUACAACGGCUCAAAAAAUAAUACCACCAAAGCUGAAUUCCAGACCCGCUUUCGAUGCCUACAUGAAAAACUCGGCACAAAAUCUUGGCUCUACACCGAUGGAUCAAAAACAGACGACGACACUACCUUUGCUGUUGUUGACAGUAAUGACAAAAUAAUCUCAGGUGGAAUGCAACCCCCUUACAACUCCAUAUUUACUGAGGAAGCCUUCGCCAUAUUACAAGCCUGUCUCUUUGCCACCAAAUACUCGGGACACUUUGUAAUCUGUACCGAUAGCCUUUCCACCUUAUCUUUUUUACAAAAUUGGGGUCAAACCGAUCCCACAAUCGUGGAGAUAAGACGGCUUUCUUCUUUUAAUAAUAUAACCCUUGUAUGGACGCCCAGCCACCAAGCGGGCAUGUUCAACAUUCAUCCGCCUUCGUAUCGGGCACACCCGUGCAACACACGAACAUAUCCUUACUGGAACACCACGUCCCGCCUGCCGUUGCGGCGAACACCUCAACUCAUGCCGUCUUCUGGAGAGCGUCAGGGCCCUGAUUUUCGGCCAGAAAAAACCCUCCGAUAGUUUAAAUAUAAUUUCACAAGAAACCAUUAUGAACAUUUAUCAUUUUGUCAUUAGAACCAACCUAAAUAUUUAAGUAUUUUUAUCUUUUUAUCUUUAUCUCGAGUCGUAGGCCCUAGGAGCUAGUACUCUUUAAUAAAUGUAUUAGAUUUAGUAUUGUAUACUAGAUGUAAUUUUGUUAAAUAAAUAAAUAAUGAUAAACGCCGAAUGCCUUACGGAUCUUUUAUCUGAUCACUCGCCAGUCCUUUUUACUCUACUCCGACA